AUGGGUUGGCUGCGCCUAAGAUUUGGGCGACUCUGCUCUUAUACCUUCUCUUUGCUAUCGAAGUCCUACGAACUAGACAGUGAGCUCAAGUAUCACUCCGAGCCAGAGACCCAGAAUCUUGUCAAUGCAUUUACAAAGCUUUUCAACUUCAUUGGCUGCUUGGCUGGAGCUGCACUUUACUACUAUCUGACCUUUUACUGGUCCGAUUACUUUUUCACUUUCGACACGAUUAUGACAGUUUAUUUCGCGGAACACUGCGGCUGGGCUAAUGAGAAAGUCCGUCAAAAUAGCGAUCCGCAUAAACAAGGAAAAAGCAAAGGUUAUCCCGAUCUGAGCUUGGCCGAGAAAGGAGAGUAUCGUACGCAUCCCAAACGUUCGCCAAAGCCUGAACUCGGUUGUAUUGCUGCAAUCGUAGGAUAUCGCGAGGAUCCUGUCAUCUUUACCAAGGCUCUCGAGAGUUAUCUGGAUGCUGAGGGAUGCCAAUUUGUGCUUACUUGCAUCGAUGGUAAUCAGAAAGAAGACCAGACAAUGGUUGAAGUUUUUCGAAAGGUCUACCCAAGUGGCUCGGCCGUUCUCAAUCUUCCCGUUCCACUUGUGGACAUUGCACUCCAAAUGGAUCGCGGUACCGAUACUUUGGGCAAGGAUGAAAUUCUCAUCGAGAAAUGCGUAGCGCUUGCUAAGCAGACGUUGCUCGAAAACCACAUACAUGUCACAGGUCCUGACGCUAUAACACAUCUAUGUGUAACCCAACCUCAUAUGCACAAGAAGGGCAUCCUGUUCACCUCUUUUAUCAUGUGUUUUGCCCUGUCUGACCUCCUGGGUCUUGAGUUCGUGUGGACCUCUGACUCAGAUUCUAUGGUCUACAAAGACACGAUUCAGACAACAAUUGAAACCAUUCAUGGGGACGACAAAUGUGCAGGCGCCAGUACUGCGCUGAAAAUCCACAACGCUAAAGAUAAUCUCGUUACCACGCUGGGGAACACGGUUUACUUGAAUGAACUACAUCUUUCAAGAUGUUUUUCAAGCGCUGUAGGCUCCAACGAUUGCCAGAGCGGGCCUUGUGCGGCGUUUCGCAUUGAGGUUGUCAAACCUGAAUUACUAGCUUGGUACAAGCAGACAGUCUGCGGGAAUUGGAUGGUUGUCAACGAAGAUAGACACAUGACCACUCGCCUCCUUCUCUCGGGCUAUCGUGUCCGCUACAUCACACACGCAGUGACCGAGACUGAAACACCCGUUACUCUCCGCCGUUGGCUUCUCCAGCAAGUUCGAUGGGCUCGCGCCGUACACAUUGAGUCUUACGUUCAUCCAUCCAUGUACAUCCACCAACCACCCCUUUUCUUCUACGUCGCGUUGCGGCGAGAACUCACCUCUCUUGUUCACUUUACAACGAUCACAUCAUACUUUUUCCUAGGUGUCAGCCCUUUCGCGCAUUUUAUACCAAAGGACUACAUCGCGAAAUUUGUGUUGACCGCUGUUUAUUUGAAGACAAGGAACCCCAUCAACCCUACUUGGGGCGAGUGGGUCUGGUCGACUCCUGCUGCUCUAUUUUUCAUGAUACCACAACCAGCAAUUCAAGCUUGGAGCUUUGUAACCAUGCUUGCUAAUGAAUGGGGUACAUCAAUGAGGGGAGAAUUGAAGACACAGGAACAGAACAGAUGGAGAGAACUAAAGAAGAAGGCUUGGGAGGUAGGAUUUUUUGUUGUUUGGAUGGGCAUUCUUGGCGGAGCGGCCGGUCGUUACAUAAGUUCGGAGCUGGGACUUGAUAUAUGGACAAGCCAAUUGUGUAUGGGAGCAGGCAUGGCAGUCAUGUGGACAGUUUUUGGAUAUUGGAUUAUUACUAUUGAGGAAUGA